GUUUGUCGAUCAUCAUUACGACAAUUGCAACAAUUCUUUCUUGAUUAAAUUUUCUUCUGUUGAAUUGCUUUUUUUCUUUUUCUAUGGGUUGCUUCCAUAGAUUAUGAAGGAGAUGUCUUCAAGGUCACAGAACAGACAGCUGCGAAACUCAUGCCCGGAAGAGAUCCCAACGCUCUCCUGCUUUCUGUGCCUCAUGGAGGUCCUUCUACACCUCAUCAUACGUCAGAUCCUAACUCAGAUUGGCGAUCGAGGUGGGGUUUUGCUAUUUCCGGCAGACCCUCUCCUUCCUAUGGCGAAAUUUCAGUGGCGAGCAUGAGUAAUGUUCGCGCCUUUUCUCCUACGGCUGACGCAACCCAAGACGACGGUCCAUCCCACACUCAAGAUGGUUAUUUCAGUGUGCGGGCCCAUCGUUCUCAAGGCGCUCUCUCACUAGGACCCCCCAGCGACAGGAACGUUUGUGAGUUAACUUUUCAAAUUGUGGCAACUCGGCUCUAUUUUUUUUUUAUCCUCUUCUCUUCCUUCCUCUUGAACAACUAUACCAACCAUUACCUUCUGACACGUAUAUAUGUUUUCCUUCCUGCCAGGCGAGUCCCUUCUCAGCCGAGCAACUCCCCCGUGACAUACUCCGACACUGGAGAGUCCAUUCGAGACGACACUGCGCUUCUCUCUGAUAUGUUGCUGUCCCCGGCUCCCUCCUUACUGCCCGCGCACCAAUAUCAUUCCUUCACAGACAGAGUAACUGCUACUGGUACCAGCUUUCCAAGACGUCCCCCUUCUCGCACCGCUAUUGGUGUCUCGACGUCCUUCAGUCAUGGACAAGAGACCCCAUCGGUGCCAGGUUCUCCCAAGGUUACUAUUUCAAGAGGAGGCACUCCCGUCCUAGGCGAAGUCACCCCAAAAAUUCUAAGUCCAAAUACGACUAACCGAUCGGCACUGACCAUGCUACUCGCCCGUGAGGCACGCGAACGUGCCGAUAGUGCCGCUAGCACUGAUACCGUCCGUCCCCCAACCCCUUCGCGACAAGUUUUGCCAAUUGCAUCGCCACCCCACAUUGCCGAAACUUUCGAUGGCCACCAUGCUUCCACCACGCCAUCCUCGCUACGGAGGACUGUACCUUUGCUUUUCACUGACCCCCCAUCACGUGAAUCCAUUUCUUCCUCCCUUCCGACACUCACACUGUUGCCGCGAAAAGGAAGUUACCUGAUGAGGAAGAGGGCAUGGUGACCACGGGGACGGAGGUGAUGACGAGUAGUACUAUGCGUACGCCUUUACUCGCUCAUGGU